AUGUCUUCGGCUGUCCCCAUUCCGGGCACUGUCCACCUUGUCGACCUCGAGGGAGUGUUCCAUGCCAAGCAUGAACGCAGUCACAAGGACAUCGUCCUCAUCCCCCAGCCCAGCGACCACCCGGAUGAUCCCCUUGCUUGGACGCCCCGAAGAAAGAUGUUCAACAUCUUUUGGGCGAUGACCUGGUGCUUCCUCGCUGCCGCAAUGAUCUCGGGUCUCUCUCCCGCGUACCUCUUGAUCAGCAAGGACACGGGCAUCUCUGUCGCAGACCUGAGCACCGGCAACGGCCUUAUGUAUCUGUUCCUGGGAUGGGGCACGCUUAUCACUCAGAACAUGGCACUCCAUCUGGGCCGCCGGCUCACCCUGGUGGUCUCCAUCCUCGUUACCACCUUUGUUACCCUGUGGUCGGCCUACGUGCAGUCGCGAGCCGAGUUCUACGCCAACCGUGUCCUGCUCGGCAUCGUUUCGUCUCCAAUGGAGACCCUCAUCGAAGUGAUUAUCGGCGACGUCUUCUUCACCCACGAGCGCGGCCUCUACAUGGGGGUAUACUCCUGGACUCUCUGGUGCGCAGCCUUCCUGUGCCCCGUCGCGUCGGGUUUCGUAGCCGAGGCGCACGGCUGGCGUUGGAUCCAGUACAUUCUUUCGAUCAUCGGCGCCGUUCUCACGGUCUUGACGUUCUUCUUCUUCGAGGAGACCAUGUUUCAUCGAGCGACGCAGCCUUCCGAGAUUGUCGGAGUCAGCGACCCUGCUGCUAUCGAAGCCGAGGCACAGGGUCAGUCAGAGAAGGCCCAACCGAGUGACGGUGCCUCGGCCGAGCGCUCCAACUCCAUACCACCACCGCGUCAAGAAACCCAGCCUGCCACGGGCAAGACAUUUACACAGAAGGUGGCUCUGUGGGUGCCAAAGCCACAGCGACCGCCACUACGUAUUGCCUACCUCUUCCUGCCGUUCCUCCUUCUCCUGCGCUUCCCUGUCAUCGUCUUCAGUGGCUUCCUUGUCGGAGGCAUUCUCUCCUGGUACAACGUGGUUGGAGGUUCUCUCGCGCUCAUCCUCGGCAAUGACCCUUACAACUUCAGCACAAACACCAUCGGCCUCUUCUACCUGGCCGCUGCGAUCGGCGUCUCCAUCGGCUGCUUCCUCUGCAGCGCCUUGACCGACAAGCUGGCCGUCUGGUCCGCGAGGAGGAACAAGGGCAUCAUGGAGCCUGAGCACCGGCUGUGGCUCUGCGUCGUGUGUCUCGUGUGCCACCCGGCCGGCUUCCUCCUCUACGGGAUCGGUGCCGCGCACCACAUCCACUGGUCUGGUAUCGCGGUCGGCCUUCUCCUGAUCUCGGUCACUCUCCCCAUUGGAUCUGCUCUGGCGUUCAAUUACAUCCUGGACAGCUAUAAGGAAGUAGCUGGAGAAGGCCUCGUCUCGUCCAUUCUGAUUCGCAACAUGAUGGGUGAGUAUGGAGAAAAAGGCCCAAUGUAUGAUGCAAUGAGAUCUAACAAAGUCGCAGGGUUCGCAUUCUCCUACGCGGUCGUGCCCAUGAUUACUGAUCUGGGUCUCCAAAACACAUUUAUACUGCUUGCGUGUCUUGGUUUCGCCCUGUGGUGCGUGUGCAUCGUCAUGAUCGUCUUUGGCAAGCCCGUCAGGCAAGCAUCGGCUAUGACCUACUGGAACCUACUCGAAAAGCGAGGCGCAGUAGCUCACUGA